AAAAAUAGGCCAUGGGCACAUUCCUUUUGCUUCACACCUAUUAUGCACAUGUGGAAACUCUUUCUCCAAUAUACAACUAAGAUUAUCUUUUAUUAUGCAGAGUCUUCCGCUCCUACUGUGCCAGGAACCAGCACUUCCAACACUUAUAAUCCACUCAUACAGCAGAUGUGAUAAUUAUGUUUUAGCAAAUUUUUUUAUGCAUAGUGGGACUAGAGGUGCAUUUUUGAUGGAGAAAACCAACAAAGCCACUGAAAGUUACUUGUUGAAUAAUAAUGAGUAAAUCUUUCAAUUUCAGCUUUAACCCCUCUCCCCCCUCACCAGGAAAGCUACCUGUCCCUAGCCAACUCCCUCAUCUCCUCCCAGUCAGAUCCCCAGAACCAGAGCAGGCUCAUGGAGGCCUUCUCUCUCCUCACUCCUCCCUCUCUCCCUCUGGACUCCAAGAGAACUUCCAAAAUCACUUUCAGAAAGAACCUCGAGCAGUUUCUACCGUUUGUGAAAGGUUUCUUGUGUACAAAUGACGACGUUUCAUCAUCAGUUGUUUUCUUUUUUACCAUUAUAGCAA